ACUAAAAGGGAAAAAAUGCUGAGGCCUGAGAACUCGAUACUUUCAAUGCCUGACAAUUAAAGAUGGUAAAGGCCCUAACUUUUCUCAUCAGUGGAUGCCUUUGACGUUGCUUUAGAUCAUAUCCCUUCUCCAUAUACCAUAAAGGUGUCGUCCUCCUUCCUGUUGCGUACUUUUUACCCACGAAUGUGCGUGUUUAUCUCAUCAUCUCUUUUGCUUUCAUCGCCAGAGUGCGUAUCUAAGUUUUUUCUUCUGGUUAUGAAAUGGGUUUCGUUUAUUAGCCUCGGAGGUUGAAUAUCUUUUGGGGGCAUUUCUUCCUUGUUUUCAACUUCAAAUCGUUUUAGUUUGGUGUUGCUACAAGGACCUGAUCUGUUCCAGUAAAGAAUGGAUGGUUGUGGUGAUUUUGUACAAUUUCUUGGGCAUGACAUGUCAAUGAAGAUUUUCAUGCAUCUAGAUGAUCCUUCUGACCUCGUUAGAGUUUGUUCGGUUUCAAGUUCUUGGCGUCAAGUUGUGAUUGCAAAUAAUCUCUCCAAGCAGUUGUGCUUGAAAUUAUUGCCUGAAAUUUCUAGUGUUACUCCUAUCAUUGAAGCAAAAGAUUUAAUUGAUCCAUUGAAUCUUAGGCAGUGUGAUUGUCUUGAAUGGGAAUUCCUUAGGAGGAAUCAUAAAGUCUAUGCCUUCUUAGCUCGAGGCCUUAAUCAUUUCAUAAGAAAAGAUUGCAUAUCUGUGGCGAUUAGUGCAUCCAGCACUGAUAACUAUCCUAGGGAAAGCAUUCAUAACACUUUGGAGCCAAGUGAUAGAGUAGGAGAUAGAGCUUCUUAUUGGUCAAGUGAAGGGGAAAGUGAUCCUGCUGUUCCUGAGACAUUGGUUUAUAAGUUGAUGACUAAUAUGUGUCUAGUUACUGAGAUCCAUAUUCAGCCUUUCCAAGCUUAUUUUCAGCAUGACUUUCCUAUAUAUUCGGCAAAGGCUGUCCGAUUCAGAAUGGGCCAUCCAAAGUUUUUUGAGGAAUUAAGUGACAUGUUAGAUAUUUAUGCAUCUUGUCACAUACCAGCUGAUGAUGAGUUUAUAUGGACAUAUACUUCACCCGAGUUUCCAAUGACUCAGGAAAACUACUUACAAAAGUUCAAACUGCCAGAGCCUGUUCUCUGCAUUGGUGGAUUCUUGAAAGUUGAACUAUUGGGUAGAGUUCAGAGGCAAGAUGUGGAUGGCUUAUAUUACAUAUGCAUCUCCCAUGUCCAAGCCGUGGGGCGACCACUUUUACCAUGUUUUGAUAUCAAGAUGCUUGACCACGAAGGAAAGUGUGCUUUGAAUUAUUUGCCUGCAGACCGUUAUGCAACUUCCACAUCACUUAAGAGGAGGAAUGGUGCUUCAUCUCGCUUUCGUUCAUUCACUGCAAGAUUAAUACAAAGAGGCACAAGAGGUUUGGAGCAAGUGAUGUUGAGUACUCUACACUGGAGUGGGGCAGUUGCUAGGAAUGAUACAGAUGACGAACCAGCUGAACUGCCCUGAAAGUUUUACAAUGGAAAGUUUAUUCCCUGCCCCCUCCCAAAAAAAAAACUAAACUCCAACAUUUUCUUUUUGUUAACUUCCCACCAAGGCUUGAUGGUUCUUCUAGUUCUGUUGACCAAAUCAAAUUAUAUGAAUCAAAAUAGGAAGGUUUUGUUGAUCAGAAACCAGAUUAUAGGAAUUGAAAUGGGAAGAUAUUGCUGUCACAUUGUAGAGAAAAUUGUACAGGCAGGGUGCUAAAUCUGCUACCACACCAUCUCACCUCCGUUCUAAUGCGAUGUGUUUGAGACAUAUUGAGUGCUUCUUGUGCUCUAACUACUGAAAAAAUCUUAACGUAAAAA